CAACACAUUGUAUGGAAGUCUGGGUGCCUUUAGCCAUUGUGUCUAUGGCCUUCAUAUUGUCUCUGACUGUUAAUAUCGUCCAUUGUAUUUUAAAGCAUAGGAAAGGCAAAGAACAGAAAUAUUUCAGUGAAUGCACUGUUAGUUAUGAACAUUAUGUUGAAAAUAAUCCAAUUUAUGGCAAUUUGAAUCAGCCCAUACUUGAACAUAUAGAUGAUACUUGCUAUGAACAGAUGGCGACUCCGCAGGAGAGGAUCGAAGAAGAGAUCAAGGUAGAACCUGAGCAACAAAUGUGCUAUGCAGCACUGGACCUUAGUCCUAAAAAGCAUAAGAAAAAUAGAAAAAAGAAGAUAAAUCAAGUGGAAAAUCAGAACUGCAUGGAGGACGGAUCAUCGAUGGAACAUGGCAAUGUUUUAUCAAGAUCCAGCAUAUACCUUAAUACUGAACAGUUGACAGCUCAGUGCAAUGCUAAAGAGGAUUUAAUCCAUGAUGAUCCAGUCAGACUUUACCACCUGAUUCAUAAAACAAGAAACAAUCCUAUAGAAGACCAAAGUGAUACAGAUUGGGCAAAUUGAAGCAUGGCCUGACCACAGAUUUGUUAAAAUAUUGUUGCUUUGCUCAAAGAAGAAAAUAAAGAGCAUGAAAUAAA